AUGAUAUCUUCAAGAAAAUUUUUUCUAAAGGGGAAGGAACAUUUAAACGUUUUUGAUCAAAUAAAGCGAUUUAAAAAAGUUCAUACUGAAAAGAAGGUUAUAUCAGAUAGUUCGGUUACUCUCGAUAGGCAUACCCCUAUUUAUAAUAAAAGAGAAGAUAAUAUUAAUAAUAAUAAAGCAUAUUUGACAAGUUCAAAAGGAGGUAAAAACGAUUUAACAGUUAAUACGGAAAAUGCGAAAACGAUAAGGGGUGAAAGACCAACAGAUAGUAGCUCAAAUAAUGUAGACAAAAAAAAUAUAAGAAGAAGUUACAUGCCCAUAGUAGGGUAUGAGAAAAAUGUCAAAGGAUUGGAAAAUAAGUUGGGGAUCUGGGAGCGAAGCGCUACUACUGUUAGUAGCAGUGGUAUUGGAACAGGUGGAGGCAGUGAUAGCGGCAGUGGUAGAAGCAAUGAUAGGGGCAGUGGUAGAAGCAAUGAUAGCGGCAAUGGUAAAGGCAGUGGUAUCGGCAAUGGUAAAGGCAGUGGUAUCGGAAAUGGUAAAGGCAGUGGUAUUGGAAAUGGUAAAGGCAGUGGUAUCGGAAAUGGUAAAGGCACAGGAAGUGGAAGUGGCACCAGCAGAAGCAUCAAAUGGCUGAGUAACAGCGCGCGGAACAGUUUUAAUGCGAAGAGCGAUAGUGAAAACGCAAAUGCAAAUGUGUACAUCAACAAGUUACAUGAUUACUUAGACAUUUCCCAUAAAUCGGAAAAUGACAAGAUAAAAAUAAAUAAGCUCCUGAGCAAAUUAAGAAAGGAGAAUUUAACAAUUUUAGUUAUAUUAGAUGUAUUAAAAAGUUUGUGUAAUUUAUUUUUAAAGAAAGGAAGCUAUAUAAAUUAUAAUUCAGAUUGUUUAGUAGUUACUGAAUAUUUAAAUACUAAUAAUACAUUGAAGAGAUUUAAAAAUGACUUUGAACAGUAUUUUAUGUAUAUAGAAAAUUAUUUAAAAAAGUAUAUUUCUUUUAUUAAUGAACAGAAUUUAUUUGAUUUAUUAAAAUAUUUUUAUUAUCUUAAUUAUUCACCUUCCUUAGACACUAUGGAAAUUUUACAGGAAAAAUUUUAUUUACAUAUGGAUAAACUUGAAAUUUUGAAAACUGUUCAAAUAUAUUAUAUCAUCCAGUCUUAUUACAAACAUUCCUAUAUGAAAGAUGUUGAUACAUUUCUGUCCCUUGCUGUUGAUGAAAAAUUAAGAAAGUGUUACCAGGAUAAGGGCAUUUCUAACAAUUGUGCUUCUUUUAUAGAGCAUACAGAUAAAGACACUUAUAGAAGCAUUACAAGUAGUGCGGUGGAAUAUACAGGAAAUGGAAAGUACACAUUUAGUAAUGCUUACGAUCCUAGUAGUGUAGUGUAUGAUAGUACCUCUAGUACUACAACACUCCAUUAUGAGAAGGCAAAAAGUGAAAAUUCUACCUUCAACUCAACUACCCCAUCUUUGAAGGGGCCUACAAACAGAAGUAAUUACAGAGAAGAGCAUCCACAAAGCAACUACGAAAAUAUAACAUACAACAACAACAACGUACACAGUGAUUAUACUCCUUUAAACAUGCAUAGUUUUGUCAAUAUGGGAGAUUCUUAUGUAAAUAGCGUAACGAGUAAUAAACAAAAUCAGCUGCAUAAUGACAAAUCACUGCCAUAUGUCUCAUCAAACACAGUAAUACAUAGGUUAGAAAAUAAUGAUAAAAUAAAUAAAGUACAAAAUAACGAUAUUAUAUUAAUUUUUAAAUAUAUGCAAAAUGUACCACAUACAAUGAUGAAAUUUUUUUAUGAAUAUAACAUAAUAAACAUUUUAGAAAAAAAUAUAAACAAUUUCUCAGUGGACUCCUUACUACUUAUAUUAAGUAUUUAUAUAAAUAGUUCAUAUAAAAUGUUAGUAGAACAUAUAUUACAUAUCUUAUAUCAUCAGAUAGAUAAUAUGACAGAAAAUAACAUACUACUAUUAACAGAUUGUUUGAAAAAAUCAAAAAAUUUCCUGAACAAUAUAAAAGAAGAAAACAGAGAUGUUAGUCAAAUGGAAUCCAUCAGCAAAAUGGCGUCCAUCAAUAAUAUGACGUCCAUCAGCAAAAUGGAAUUCAUCAAUAAAAUUAUAGAUAAAAUAAAAAGAGAAAACGAAUUAUUUAUCCCAAAUAAUCUUGCUUCUAUUUACUUAAAUAUAUACAAAACAGUAUAUGAUAGAGCAUCAUCAGUGUCUAACUGUAAUAUAUACAAUCAAGAUAAUACAAGUGAGCUUAACAAUUUCGUGGAUAGCAUUAGUGAAAACACGCAUAAUACAUAUGAGUUCGCCCUAGAAAGGUCCGUAGCUGACUCCUCUUUUAAGGAAGCACAUAUAAGUAGUGGUUUGAAUAGUAAUACAUAUGAAAACUCAGAUUUUAUCUGCGCUAUUCCAUUAAGGGGGGAAGACGAGAAAUAUAAGGUCAACCGAAAUAGAUACACAGAAAAAACACAGCUCACAAGUGAACUAGUGAAAUUCUGUGAUGAGUAUAUUAACAACAUAUCAUCAUUUCCAUUAGUUUUGAAUUUGUACCUCAUAUAUAUUAAAAGCGAAGAUAUAAAAAGUAAAACAAUUUACAUAUUUGAAAAGAAAAUUAAAAUGAACAAGAACAAAUUAACACAAGAAAAUAUAGCGGAUAUAAUUCUGUCGUUGAGUAUAUAUCCUUAUCAUACUACACAACUGUUUACCUAUUUAGAAACUUUAAUAAAUGAGAAGCUAAGCAAUAUAAAGAACAAUUUUAUGUAUGAACGUGUUCAUGCAAAAAUUGGAAAAGAGUAUACAAGAGAAGAUACAAGGGAAAAUACAAGGGAAAAUACAAGGGAAAAUACAAGGGAAAAUACAAGAGAAAAUGUAAGAGAAGAAGAAGAUGAUACAAAUGUAGAAAUGGUAAAUGAACGUUUUGUAAACAUAGAUAAUGCAAACUACUUAAUAGAUAUAUCUUUAGCAUAUGGAAUUAGUGGGAGAAGAAAUCUGCAUUUCUGGAAUUUGGUAGAUGUACAUAAAAUAAUACUAACCUGUAACAAGAAAUUAUUAUUAUAUUUAGCUUAUAGCUUUUUGCUGACUAAUUAUUACUGCUCCUUAUCAUGGUUCUUAAUAAUUAAGAGAAUUGUAGAAGAUGUUAAAGCUUUCAAUAAAAAGCAGUACGAAUUAUUAUAUGAAAUUUUAAAAUGUAGUGUAUUAUUUAAUUACAUCGAUUUAAACCAUUUUACAAAUAAAUCAUUUAAGAGCAUACAAAAUAGGAAAAACGCUGUUAACAGUAGUAGUUAUGACUAUUACAGUAGCAGCGGAAGUGGAAGUGGUAGUAUUAACAAAAACGACGCAACUGCUUUUUUAAAAACUUUCCACUAUUUAUUGAACACGUCCUACUAUCAUUACAAGAUGAAACUAAUAAACAAUCAAUAUAAUUCAAAUGUACCUUAUGAAGAAGUACUUAUCUAUUUAAAAUUAAAUUACGAAAAAAAUGUAGAAUUCAAAAAUUUGUAUAUAAUUCCAUUUCUGUUGAAAGACUACAACGUAAUUAUCGACCCGUUACCCUCGACACCUAUUCAUAAAUCUAGUGGUUAUGUAAUGGGGGAAAUACAACUAAAACAUAAAGUUUUUCAAAACGAUAAUUUUGUUGUUUUAUCUUUUUAUGAUGGUAUAUGGAAUGAAUUUUUAAAAUAUUCUACUAACACUGAUCAACCAGUUUACGAUAUUAAGUCCCUAGCUGAGCAUUUCAAAUCGUACACAGAAUCACAUAUUAAAAUUAAAAUUAACAAUAAAAAUAAUGCCAAUAAUAGUACUCAUCUCUUGAACGAAAUGAAAAAACAAAAGGGUAGUCCAUUCGUUAAUUACUUAAAAUACAAAAGAACAAAUUUAUCUAAAGAACAGAAUAGCAAAUAUCUAAUAAAUAAAACGAACAGUAUGAUGGACACUUAUGAUGUUCACCAUAAAUAUUUAAAAAUUAAGACUAAAGUUGGUAAAAAGAGCAUGUAG